AUGCAAAUAAUAAAUAAUAGAAUAACCAGAAAUAGAAGAAAUCAGCAAGUUCGUCUAAAGAAACCCGAAUAUUUUGCACAUAAGCUUUAAGUAUUUUCAAAGUUAUUUUAAAAUUCUAAAAAUUAAGAUUAAAAUAAAAUUAGAUUCAAUUAAAUAAAUGAAGUGAGUCUUUACUAUUUAUUUAGUAUUUUUAAUAAAAUGGUAAAUGUAGAAAAUCUUAUUUCUUUUAACUUCGAUCUCAGUACAUUUAAGAUCAAAGAUUAAGGACUUUCAAUUUUUUGCUAAGGAAUAAAAAACUGUCUUCAGCUUUAACAGAUUUCUCUUAAUUUAAACUACACAGAAGUUUAGUAAGAAGGAAUAAAAUUGCUGUGUUAAACAUUGAAAAAGUUUCAAUUCAUUAAUAAUUUAGAUAUUAAUAUUGGAGGUAAUCAAAUAGAUAAUGAAACAAUUGAGCAUAUGGGAGUAAUGGUUAGAAGUUUCAGUGAAUUAAACAGCUUAACCUUCAGUUUUAGCUCUAACUAAUUAAACAUUGAAGGUUUAGUAAUUUUAACUGAGUAGAUUAGCAAAUGUUUGGAACUUGAAUAGCUUUACUUAUCUUUUAAAGAAAAUUAAUUUGGGGAUGAAGGAAUUGCAAAUUUUGCAAAAUAAAUUUCUAAAUGCAGGAAACUAAAAAAAUUAAAUCUUUAGCUUGAAUAUACAAAUGUUGGAGAUAUAGGUCUGUAGUAUUUAUGUCUAGGAUUGAACGAAAUAAGCACAUUUGAAAGCUUAGAGAUAUCGAUAUCUUUAAAUGGAUAAAUAGGAUUACAAAAUUUACCAGUAUAAGCUUAUAAAUACUUAACAUCUCUUACCAUGCAACAUAUUGAAAAGUAGGUAGAUCAGAAAUUUUUAAAGUUGAUGCAUGAUAAUUUAAAAAAUUACCAUAAUCUCUCUGCAUUAAAAAUGUUUAUGAGUAAACUCUAAAUUGAUGUCAAUGGAGUAAUUAAAAUAUCUGAAGGAAUUUCUAGUUGUUAAAAUCUUAAAACACUCUACAUUUAAUCAAAUUUUAGCUCAAUUAAAAAACAAGGUGCCCUUAAACUGAGUUAGGAGAUCUCAAAAUGCAAAAACCUCAAAGAAUUAUUUAUAUCAAUGAAGUAUUGUGAUAUUGGAGAUUUUGUUGAAAAUGGACUUUAUAAAGCUACUUCCCAUUUACCUCAUCUUCUUAGUUUAAUUAUAUUGGCAUAGGGAGAAAUUCAAAACAUAAAAAGAAAAUAUUUAAAGUUGAAGAGACUCGUAAAGUUUGUUUUUUUUAAAUGA